AGAGCGCGCCCGAGCCUGCGCGCGCGCGCCCCCGCGGAACUCCCGCCGGCGGCUGGGUUCUGCCGGAGGCGCGCCGGAUCGCGGCGGCCGCCAACAUGGCCGAGACGAGCGAGGAGGUGGCGGUGCUGGUGCAGAGGGUGGUGAAGGACAUCACCAACGCCUUCCGCAGGAACCCGCACAUAGAUGAAAUUGGCCUGAUCCCAUGCCCCGAAGCGAGAUAUAACCGAAGUCCCAUAGUCCUGGUUGAGAACAAACUCGGUGUGGAGAGCUGGUGUGUCAAGUUCUUAUUGCCGUAUGUCCACAACAAGCUCCUUCUGUACAGAAUGAGAAAGCAGUGGCUGAACAAGGAUGAACUGAUCGAUGUCACCUGCACCCUUCUGCUUCUCAACCCAGACUUCACCACUGCAUGGAAUGUGAGGAAAGAGCUCAUCCUCUCUGGCACUUUAAGUCCAAUUAAGGACCUGCAUCUGGGAAAAUUGGCCUUAACUAAAUUUCCAAAGAGUCCAGAGACAUGGAUUCACAGGCGCUGGGUGCUGCAGCAGCUAAGCCAGGAAACUUCCCUGCCUUCCUCUGUGGCCAAAGGACACUUAGGAACAAUUCCUGCAGAGAGGACACGGAGAAUAAUACAGGAGGAGAUGGAAGUGUGUAGUGAGGCAGCAGGGAGGUAUCCCAGCAACUACAAUGCCUGGUCCCAUCGCAUCUGGGUCUUACAGAACGUGGCCAAGCUGGAUCUCAAGAUCCUUCUUGACGAACUGUCUUCUACUAAGCACUGGGCAUCCGUGCACGUUUCAGACCACAGUGGAUUUCACUAUCGCCAGUUUUUGCUGAAGUCUUUGAUUAGCCAGACUGCAAUGGACAGUUCUGUCCUGCAGCAAAACUCCUUGAAAAGUGAAUCAAAAGAUGAAGAAGCAGCAGUUUCAACAGAGGAACCAAGAGUGAAUCUUCCCCAGCUCCUAGAAGAAGAAGUAGAAUUCUGCACAGAUCUUAUUGAUUCUUACCCAGGACAUGAAACGCUUUGGUGUCAUAGGCGGCAUGUUUUCUACCUUCAACAUCACCUAAACGGUAGGCUUCCUCCCAGCUUGACUCCCAUGUCACCGGCAGACUGCUCAGGGGCGCCUUUGAAUGACUUGCACCUGGUUCCAGCAAGCCCUCAACUAUCUCAGGCAAUGGAAGUGGAUGGACUGAAUGACUCUGGCAAGCAAGGCUAUUCCCAGGAAACUAAGCGCCUGAAGCGGACACCAGCUCCAGACUCCCUCGGCCUAGAGAUGGAGCACAGGUUCAUUGAUCAAGUGCUGUCCACUUGCCGGAAUGUAGAGCAAGCCAGGUAUGCCAAUGCAUACCGAAAGUGGCUGGUGACUUUGAGUCCGUGAAGGGGUGGGUUCAUCCCAAGGAAUUCCCUUUAGUGCAAUAUUGCUUUCCUUUCUCAAUGCCAUAGUUGCAUGAACUGACUAGCUAACUAUGUAUUCUUCAUCUAUAGCUUAAAAGUCUAUAAGAAACCUUUUGUUUUAUUUAUUUUGUUAAGCGCCGGCAUUCCUUUGGGCAUAAAACAAUUGUAUAGUUCCUUCCUGCUAAACAGUGUCUUAAUUUUUUUUUUCCUUUUGAUUCCAUGCCCUUUAUAUUUUGAUAUUUGGGCUUCUCAUUUGGUUCUUGAGAUUGGUUCACAUAUUUUACUCACCUCAGUUCCGUUGCUACAUAGGCAGUUUCUUUAAAAAUUGAAAAUUUAUGUUGCAGUCCAGCUUAAGAAUAUUAAUACAUAUGCAGAAGGACUUGAACUAAUUGCGGUUUUGAGAAUAAAAUGGCUGGCUGGCUGGAUGUGAAAACGUAAGCCACUUCUUUCUCAAGCAUGUUCUCCAGGUAUCCUCUAAGAGAACCAAAGCCAGGAGUGUUGGAAUUUAUAUAGAAAAAAAAUGCUUCCAAUGUAAUCUAUUUUUAAAUGAUUAUUUAAAAGAAACUAAACUAAUUUAAGAGUUUAUGUAAUUGUAGUACUGAAAAAUUAUUUUUAUUACUAGUUUUGAUAGAUUGUUUUUACCUCAUAUUUGGUAUAUAUGCCAAAACAGCAAGUCAGCCCUUAUAAAAUAAAUUUUUUUAAAAAACCCACAAAUGCCAUUUUUAGUUAUUACUACUUUUCUCCUAAAAUCACUCAUGAAAAAUGGGAGAAAUCUACAUAGAAACAUAGUCCUGUAAAGCUUUCUCUUUAAAAAUGUAAGUUCCUGAGUUAUACUGGAUAGACUGCAAAGCUUUUUCAUGUGGCUAGUCAGAAUUUACUGGCAAAAUCUAGGGAGGAAGACUAGUCUUGAGCAUUAGUUCAGUUUUUACUUUUGAAAUGAAACAACACACUUUGAUACUAAAUUCAUCAGGGAUAAGUACCAAAGUCCACGCUAUAGCUGUAUCUCAAUAACAAGGGCUGUGUUUUUCAGGUUGGUGAAGCGGGGGUAGAAAUGAGCCAAGUACCGUCUCCGUCUUUAAUACACCGCCCCUUGGAUGAGCUGUGAUUCCUUUGUGUGUAUACCCUCUCUAUCUCGCCAGUCUAUUCCAUACCUUCCAUCAUACACUGGUCUAUAUUUUUUCUCCUGCAUCUUUUUUCAGGGAUGCCCACUGAAGCUGUUAUCUCUCAUAUAAUAGCUUAAUACCUAUCUAUAAACAUGAGUGUCAACAGGAAGUGCCCCUCUCAAAUUUCCUUUUAAUGGUUUAAUGGAUUUCUGUUGCUGUGAAACACCAUGAACAAAAGCAACUUGGAGGGAAAAAGGUUUAUUACACUUACACAUCCAGGUAACAAAUAGUCCAUCACUGAGGGAAUUCAGGGCAGUAAUUCAAACAGGGCAGGAGCUGAUGUAGAGGCCAAGGAGGACUGCUGCUUACUGACUUGCUCUCCAUGGCUUGCUCGCUUCUUCCUAGCAGCCAGGAUCACCAGCCCAAAGGGUGGCACCACUCACAGUGAUCUGGGCCCACUCCCAUCAAUCACUAAUGAAGAAAAUCCCCUCUAACCUUGUUUACAGCCAGAUGUUAAGGAUGCAUUUUCUCAAUUGAAGUUCUCUCUUCUCACCUGACUCUAGCUAGGGUCAAACUGACAUACAACUAGCCAGCACCAGGGUAGAAGCUGGCUCUUGUCUUGUAUACAUGUAAAAUGCAAAUGAUGAUGACAGAAAUGAGCCCAGCCCUUGUGUUUUGUGUGUUUCCCCUUUUCACACUUGGUAAUGUGUAGGUAGGUUGAGGGACAGGGAAAAGCAAGCCUCUCCUUUCUUGCUCUAGAGGACACUAGUACUUGAGUUAGACAUACUGCAUUAAGAGAAAAGAAACAAACUUUUACUGGGCAUUAUGGUCUUACUAAGUGGCAGACUGCUGAGCUGGGUGACACUUGGGAAACCAGGAAAUAAUUUUUUCUACUGGCCUCAGUAGAUAGAUCUUGCUGUCCUGGGGCAGAGUUAUUUUUACUAUUUUAUAGGAUUUGGAUGAUAAAAUACUUGCCAUUAUGAACAUAGUUCCACAGCCUUCUAUAUGCAAAGCAUAUUUGAAAUCAUCAGAUACCUCAGGUUCUAUGUGGACCUCAAUAGGGAAACCGUUACAUGAUGUUUAGCCCCUCUGAGAUUGAGUAGAAAUGACACAGAAACGCACAAGUGACACAGCAGCCCCUGCUGCUGAAUCCUGUCUUUACUCAGUAUUGCCUUUUUUUCUCAGCAUCAUUUUUUGUUUCCCAAGUAAUAGGGCUUAAUAUUUGAUGUAAUGUAUGUCAGGACAUGAGCAUAAGCUAUGCUUUAUGAACAUCGGCUAAAUUUUUGCAGUGUUCCAUGUCUUCUAAGGCUCAGCUCAUGCCUUCCUGAAGCUGUGGAGUCCUCUAAUAUAUCAUGGUUUCAUCUUCCUAGUAGGUAGUAAAAAUGCAGAUAUCUGGCAGAUCCUGUUUCUGUGUGGGUUUUGCAUGCUACAUUCUGAAAUUAGCAUCUCCAAGUGUUCGUUCAGAGGACUUAGAAUUUCCCAAUAUGUUUUCCCUAAGUGUUUGGCAUUUACCCUCAAUAGCAAGCUACUGUGUUUUUGACCAAAUGAAUUCAUGCAGUAGAAAAAUUAUGUAUAAUCUAGGGGCUUGUUUAGUCAUAUUCUUCUGCACAUAUGUUGCUGUUAAAAGGAAAAGAUAGUUUAGAUUGGCACUUUGCAUCUGAUUUUUACUCCUCUAUGAAUCAAGAAAACUACUGACACACAAAAAGCAGUAAGAUCUUUCACUACAACCCCACUGUAUCUGUUUUGUUUUUUUUUAGGUCUGUCUGUUUUGGUAAUUGCAUUGCCAGAUUAUAUACAUAUACAUAUACAUAUGCCCUACACAUUGUGAAGACUUAGUGACUAUUAAGUUAAUAACUAAUUAGCUCUCUAAGGGAAGGAUUGGUCACGAAUGGCGGAAUAAUGAUCAGGAAAUUAAUGAAUUGUGAGUGAUGUGGGCUAGCUUUGUCACUCACUAGGAGAGCUCCCACAUGUAAACUUAGUGAGAAUUAGACUUGGUGUCUUCAUGACCUUGUUUGGACUCGGUGACUCUCAGUCGUGAGACGGAACUCUAGAAUUCUCUUAGCUGUCCUUUGUCGACACUGAAAGCUUUCCCUCCAUCAGUUAUAUCCAUUUGGUAAAAAUACUGUUUGCUUUCACUAGAUGACAUUGAGCAGGUCGUGCAUAAAGAACCAGCGGCACAUUUGAGCUGCUGGAAUAAUUCUUGUAUUUUAGAGACUUGUUGAUUUGUGUUUGUAUGUGAAUUAUGCUGAUCCCCAACUUGAACUGUGGACCUUUUAGGUACUCCUUGAACCUGUGUGAGUCCUUUUUUAAGCCUAAGGAUUUUAUACCUUCUUUAGAAGCUCUGGGCCAAGACGUUCACUAACCACAUUUCUUCUGUUAUGGCACAGUUCUAACUUAAGCUAAAUGCUUCAUUAAUUCUUUCCUCUUUGUUUUGCCGGUGCUGAGGCUCAAGCUCAGAUUUGUUGAUCAGUCAUAGAAUUAAAUAUAUACAUAUUAUCACCAAAAGCCGCUUAUAGUUUCAAGUAAGGGCUAUGUAACAUACAAUGUAGAAGCCAGAUUUUGAGUUUAUAUGCAGCAGUCUGUAGAAAGCAUAUGUGGUAGACAUUAUCAUUUAGAUAAUGUUCAGAUCCUCUCAGUUCAUACUGUGUGUGUGUGCGUGUGUGUGAGUGUGUGUCUGUAGAACUUGCUACAAACUGUCAGUCUUGCAGGUUUCUCUUAUAUAGCAAAGGGCAGUGUCUGACGUGGGCCAAAUGAAAUGUCGGAGUGGAAUGACUACCAUUCAGGCAUCUUAGCUGGCUCCCUAAGUCAGGGAAGAUUCAGCUGUAAAAUAAAUAAUGAAUAAUCCCCACCCCUCCCCCCUUUUUUUCCCCUAAAAAGCUCUUUGGGCUUACUGUUAUUUUCCCACUAGAAAAUUGUACCUUAAAUUUUUAAAAUGCUUUAUUCUAAGGUUUUUGAGCAUUGUAAACAUCAUAUCUUUGUCUUAAAACUGCAAACCCUAGCAGUACGUCUACCUGUACACACAGUCUGUAAUGAGAAGCACGUUGGGGUACAUACUGGGAAAUUUCAGCAAACUCAGGUUCAUAGAAUCAUUGAGCAAGAAAAAGCCACCCCAAGAAUUCCACAUACUAUCACACAGUGUCUUCUUUAGAUAACUGUACAGUGUGUUAUCUUGAGUGCCUUUCCAACCUCAAUGUGUGGUACAGGGUUAUCUUACACUGAAUGCCUGUGUUUAGGCAGUAAGAAGUGUAGACAUUUUGUCAGCUCAUUAUGACAAUGUAGAAUUCUGAUGGGAGAAGAUGGGACCGUUUGAGUUGUAUUUCAUUAACUGGCAAUUUUUAAAUGUCCUAUCAAGAAUACCAAGACUUAGAAUUCAUUCUUUCUCUUUGACAAGUAAUGUUUUCAGCUUUGGAAGCAUUUACAAAUACAGGGCAGUGUGGACACAAUUAGAGACACACGAAAGUCUUGCAGCCUCUGCUUGAAGGAAAGUAGGCAUCUGGUGCACUGCAGAGAUCAGGAUCAAGGGAACCUUUGCCUUAUUCUGAGGACCUGCCUUAUCCCCCAAAUUCAGGUAUGGGGAAAAUAGUUAAAGGGGGGAAAAUGGGACUGGCUAAUACCAAAAGAAAAGUGGUAAACACUAAAACGAAAUUUCAGUUUUUCUGUAUUGAUGUGUGGAAGGGAGGGCAGGACUGUCGUACUUCAUGAUAGCGAAUAGUUUUUCAUUAUGAUUUCUUAAAAAUAAUGUAGUUAAGAUUCCAAAGUGUUUUGCAGAGGAUUCUUAAAUACUGUAUCUCUGUUUGUUUGAGUUCAUAAUUGACACAGAAACGAAUGUGUCCUGUGUGGAUUUAGGAUUGGAGGGGAAUUCUCAGGCUCCCAAAUGCUUUACCCUCUCAGGCCGCCCCUGUUACCGCAAAACAACCAGAGACUGUUGGCUUAAAAAUAAAUGGCAAUUAAGGUGAUCUGCUGAUGAAAGGGUUUGCGUUAAAAGAUAUUAGCUGUAUGUAGUUUGUGCUUUCUGAACAAGAGCACGAGCCACAAAACUGACCCUGACAUUUAUUAGUCUGUUUUUGCUCCUCAGGGCGUAGAAGAUUUAAUCAAUUUAGAACACUUUAUAUUCUGUGUCCAAAAAGAAAAGGCAAAGUAUGCAAAAUACGUUGCUAGCUAUUACUGUGCAAAAGCUAAUGCAUACCAGCUUGCUGCUGUCCUGUAGUUGUAAUUAUGAAUGUUAUCAUAAAUGUUGUCCGUGAAGAGAAUUUCUGUGUUAUGUUUCCACUUUGGGGAGGUGAAGGAGAUUGUAUUUUGUUUCCAUUGACAUUCUCAGCCUUUAAAAAUCAGAUUGAGGAAAAUAAUCACUGUUGCUUUGUAAACUGACAGCUGUUUGCUUCCUAAGACUUCCUUUUCUCUCUGAGUACGAGAUGCAAAACCCAGGCAGGUUCAGAACAUCACAUAAAGCUUCGUAUGUUGUGGGACAUUAACAAAUCAGAACUGAUAAAUGCUGGAGAAGGAAUAUUAUUAGCAUAUCUCUAGCUUAUCAUUGUCUACAGUCUUAGUUUCAGGUGAGCUAUACUAUUUUGCAUGAAAUAUACAUUAUCAUGUUUAAAUAUACAAGGCAAGAUACACAGUUGUAUAACAUGGCAGUCUAAGUUGAGGUUCUUUUUAAUUAUCUAAAUGUGUGUGCACACAAAGUAUUUUUGCUUAAGGCAGUUUUCUUGACAGACAGCCUCCUCCAGAAAAGGUAGAAACUGGCAUAAAUGUCCAUUUGCCCUAUUUAAAUAUUUGUGGAAACGGAUUAGGUGUCUGGUGACUUAUAGACCAUGUUAUUCUGUUUUCCCUCCGUAUCAUUGAGGAGGCAGCCUUUAUCUCAUGCCUAGCAAUCACAUCCCUGAGCACUGUGUGGGGUACAGCAGGUGAUCUGUCCAUGCUUAUGAAGCGACGGAUAAUGCAUACGAGCUUGGUUGUUACUGUGCCAUGGGGAUGUGUGCUAACGUCGACUCACACGCCACUCCCCUGGAAAUGUUCAUUUAUCCCCACACCCAAUGCGUGUGUUUGGGGCAGGCAGUCUCUUUGUUGCUUAAAGAAGUGGUGUAGAUGGAGUGCGAGUAUGAGCAGGUGUUCAGCAAGCACUUAGUCAGCUAUUGCUCUAGCACCAUACUAACCUAGCUCUCUCCAGGGAGACUGGUGCCAUUCGUUAGACAAUGAAAAAUGUUACUGUGUGGCAUGAAUUAUUACCCUUGUUUGUCUAGGCUGGAGUUAGAAACACAAUAAAGACAUUUAAUAGAACCAUGAUAUGAAGACCAAGAAUUGGAAAAAGUUUAAGCAGUAUCUUCCUGUGCAAUGCCCCUUUAAUAAAUGUCUCUAAAUAUAGGCAGCUGAACUCUUAAAAGAGCUCUGCUGUCUCCUGCAUUCCAUUCAUGUAUUGGCAAAUCCAGUGCUUUCCAGCAGAGGCUCUUUUUAUUCGUCCCUAAUUCUCAGUUGCUUUCCAUCAUCUUAGAAGUGAUAAUGAUAAAAUAGGAAGUUACAUCACGUAACUUGAUGUAAUUUUCUCAGAAUAUGUUUGAUAUGAGGAAGAAAUUUUUAUUGUAGUCUGGGUAUCCAUUCUGAGUUGUCCUGAUGCAAAAGAUUAAACAGUUUUGAAACAAGCAUUCCUAUCUGGACUGUGAGGACCCAAGUGUGUAGUGCUAGUGUCAGUAGGGUGUGCCUUCGGGUAAGCUUGCUGCCGCAUGACCGUGUCACUGGCUGUAGUCAGCUCUGUAGUUUGGAUGUAUUUUGUUCUAGGAGAGUAAUGGCGUGUAUACUAGACUAGAUCGCAUGCUGUUUCUGAGCUGAAAACAAUAAGAGAUGAAGUAUCAUAAGUACACCAAAUAUUUAUAUACCAAGAGGAAGACUUUUUAAAAGUACAGCAACAACUUUUUCUAAAUACACGUUUUUGUAUGCUAGUUAAUUGCUUCAUUUAACAUUAUAAAACUGGGGGAUUUCCAUAGCAAAGGACGAUCUCAGAUAUGAUACUGUACUAUCAGAAUUCUCUGUGUUAAGUUUACCUUGCUGGUAUUUUCUAAGAAGGGCACUCAGUAGGCUACAGUUAACAUUUGACAUCAGUGUGCUCAUGUGCACACCACGGUCACACUGUAUUAGUUUAGCUAGUUGGCUUAUUGGAGACACCUGUCUUCACUGAUGGGUAUCAUGUCCCCUGGUAUGACAGUCUGCAUGAGGUUCAUUUAGCUCUUAUGUAUAGCAAUCCACAGUUUUAAAAGGAUUAAGUCUCUUGAAAUGUAUACCCUGGAGGGGUAUAAGAAAAAAUCUUGUAAAAAGGUAUGUGCGAAGUACACUUGUGGUAUUUGCGGGUGUAGUACCCCAGCGUGCUUAAAUUAUGCUGAAUUCUAAGGUUAUCACUUGGACUUUUGGCUAACAUUAGAUGUAAAUUUUAAGAUUAACAUAAUCAUGUAUUGUCUAUAGCUAUGGUGUUCAAUGGAAAUGUAACGUGAGCCACAAAGAAAUUAUAAUCUUCUAGUAGCAAUGUUUAAGAAGUGUAAUUAACUUUAAUAAUAUAUCUUAUUUAACUUAAUCUAUUAAAAUACUAUUUUAACAUAUAAUCAAUGUAACAAAAUUAAGGAGAUAUCUAUCUCCUUUUUUUUUUUAAUAUUAGUCUUCAAAAUUCAGCGUGUGGUUUGCACACACUGACCCUCCACGCUGGCCAUGUUUCCUGUCCUCAGGCUUCACAUGUGUGGCUAGGUGCUGCUACAUCAGCAAUGCGGAUAGACAGGGCACAGAGUAUAAAUCUGUUUAAAUUUGGAGGUCACAAGUAGACAAGGAAUUUCAGUCCUUUAAGGAUUGUUUGGAAAGAAAUCUAAUAAGAGUUUUCCUUCACUUUAAUUUACAUUUGCCCUAGAAAUUGGAUCAACCUGAUCCAGUUUGCCAAGCAUUGUUUGAAGAAAAAAAGUAUUGUGCCAUGGAAAAUACCACACGUACUGUCGUAAGGUACCGAUAGUGCAGUAGCAGCAGUUUUUAGUUUUCACUAAAGUCUAUCCUGUUUCUUCCAAGAUAGUAGCUUAGGUUGCAUGCUUACUGUAUUAUUUGUACCUGUUUGUGUUUAUUAUUCUUGUUAUAUAACGAUACGUAUUAACCAGCAGCCCUAAGAUUCUAAUCUAUGCAGCCGUCUUCCAGAACACACUGAUGUACUUACUAAACCAUGAUAAAAGGCAGAGAAAUAGAUCAACCAUCUCCUUUUCCAUUAGAUUCAUUUCUUAACACAGGGCCAUGGACCAAACCAGCUGUAAAUUACUGUAUUUCUGUAGAGUGGAAACGGUGUUGUCGUUGCUGAUGUCUAAGUAAACAUUACCUCUCCUAAAACAAGUCCUGUGUGUGGUUUAUCUCCGUGCACGUCAAACUUGGCCACGCCCAUCUGCCGAGCUGCCCAGCUGAGUGCCUUGAUUGUGUUAGGGGGGUAAACUGUCUGAACAAAGUCGAUUGUAUUUAUCUGUAUCAUAUACAGAGAAAGAACAGAACCUUUAAAAAAAAAUCAAACUCAGAAAUUGCAUAGCUGUCUUUAAAAUAUAUCAACAAUGACAUAUUGACUUAGGAAAGUCAUUAUGUCCAGAUAAGACUUUAUUUUUCUGUGUUCAAAUGAAGGUCUAAAGUGAGACAUUAGUAGUCUUACACCCUGUCUGGUCUCUGCAUGCUGUAAGCCAGCAAUAACAGCUACUUACACUUGGUAAAGAUGCUUCUAGAUGAACCCAGAAAAGUAGUCUGUGGAGUAAAUACUGUAUUUACUCAGAUUUCAAUACUUCAGAAGGCUGUUUGUGGAGACAGGCUUUGUUAACAACAGUUAUAUUAGCAAUGAUAUGCUUUUAUCUGUGCACGUUUGUAUAACAAACAGGCUGUACACUUAAUUUUUCAUCAUUCCAAAGAGCUAUAAACUACUAAAAAUUGCAGGGUGUUUGUUUGUUUUAAUAUGGUAGGGAAAGUAGCUUAUUAAAGAAAGGCUUAAUUUGGACUAAUAGGCAGACUGUACAAAUAUGACAAAAUUAGUAUUAGAAAGGUGCUUUUCCAAAUGCAAGAUUAGCACUAAGAACACGUGCCUGGCACACCAGCCAGCUAGGCUAAUAUGAGGAGCCUUUGCUUUUGUUCUGCACUUCAGACACACCAUUUUCCUUGCUCAAGGACAUGAACAGGGUAGCAGCUGUCUCCCAUGCACGCCUUCCCAGGGGCCAGGUCAGCCAUCAUCUGUAAGCAACAGUGAGAGACAGACACCCUGUCAGGUGUGUCCUGUGUAAGGGUAGCGGAGAUUGAAGGGACGCUUGUCCCCUCCUCUACGCCUCAGAAAAAGCAACAAUCGGCAUAUGUUCUCACAGACAGAUUCUUGCAUUAUUAGCUUCCAGGAUAGACAGCAUUUAACGUUUUUAAAUCUACACAUCUCUUAUCAAAGUACUUGGAGUCACGAAAGGCUUGUGUUGUGUCAUUCUUGGAGUAAAGUCACAGAGUGAAAGUUCUACUUCCUGUCUCGCGAGCCAGUGUACUGCCUCAUUUUGGUGUUUUUAAGUUGCUAGUGAUCUCAGCAGACACAAUUUUGAAAGAAUAUUAGAAGAUCAUUAAAUAAAUGGGGUUGGUAAAGCCUUAGUCACACGUUUGUGUUGUUUUCAAGUAAAUUUUGUAAUUCUGCCUUCUAUUUAGUCCCUUGGGGUGAGUUUCCAGUUCUCUGAAAACAUCUGAUUUAUGUCCAUUAUCUGAUAUAAAGGUCUUCAUUAAUUCAAUGAUGCCAUUGCUGGGGCAGGGAGCAAAAUGAAAGCAUUCUGUGCAGCACUUCCUGGGUUGGAAAUCACAAAAACCAACAGCAGUUUGAAUGAGCGGCUCUUUUUCUAUACACCUGUAAAAUUAGAAGAAUGCAGAAUUGCAUGGAAAAUAGCCCACAGUUUAACUUUUGGAGUAAGAUACAGAGCUGGAUGCAAAGUAAGUUCCUAAUUUUUUUAAACAAGGCUUAACGUCUUAUUUCUAGUCAUUGCACAACUAACUUUCUGAACAACAGUAAAAUUAUUAGAGGAAAAAAAGGUUGCUUUUUAAAAUAGAGUAAGUAGGAAAUCCUGCUUAUACCAAAACACUGACGGAAAAGAACGAAGCUUAAGAAAAAGAUUUAAACAACAACAAAACACUUUUUGAAAGCAACAUUGAUGUUUAUCAAUGUAUUUCAGAUAAUGUAAGUGAUAAUCUAGAAUUAUAAAUAAACAAUGUUGAGAACUGUAAGUAAAUACACAUGUGCACACACCCAUGUGUGCGUACACAUGUCCACACUACAUGCACACACACAGUUCUGCACAUGCAAAACCUUAAAGUUAGAUGCUGACAUCUAAGAAGAGGGCAAGGAGAAGGGAGGGGCUGGAGAGGUGGCUCAGCAGCUGAGAGCUCACAGACUUGAUUCCUAGUACCAGAGAGGGUCACGCCAUCUGUAACUCCAGCCCCACAUAAUCCAAGACCCCAUGGUAGCCUCCUUGCACACAGCCGUGCACUUAGACUCACAAGCAUACGUGUAAUUAGAAAUAAAAGUUUAAAAUCCUGAUGAUGGUGGAACCCUGACAAAGACCAGAACAAGUUGAGAAACGCAGAGGUUGCCCGCUGGGUUCUGUUUCUUACCUGUGCAGUGAAAAGAUCUCCACAUCCACACAGGUACAUAGAUAGCACUUCUCUUAUUAGUAACUGAGAGAAACAUUAAGGAAAUCAGGGUCCCGUAGCCUGGAUUAGACAAUAUAGAAACUUCCCAUUGUUGAGCCGUAGAUUCAAUACUAUGUCAACUCCAAUGGAUUUUUUUUUCCCUACAGACAUUGGCAGGCUAUAUGGAAAUAUGGAUAUGUUCACAAUCUUGAUUAUGGUAUUUGUUUUACAAGUAUAUAAUUUGUAAAGGCUUAUUAACUGUAUAUUGUGAAUAUGUUUGGUUCCAUUUAUUAUGUCAGUUGUACUGUAAAGCUGGUUAAAAAUAAUAUAAAUAUUCUACUGAUAAUAGUUUGUAUAAAUUUGGUACUAAAUAAACAUGUUUACAAAAGUAUAUAGCAAUAAAAAAGAUUAGCAUA